AUGAUCUAGAAGUUUAUGCAAUACUGGAUGUUUAAAUUUGGCCUUAGAAACAUAUUCUUGUUGUUAUAACACACCGAACAUCCCGACGUACUACAUCAUUAGCUAAGCGAGUCAUUGAACCGUCGUCAGCGUCGUAUAUUGCCCGUCGUUACUUAACGUGUUACAGUAGAAAAUCGGCGUUUGCCGCGACAAGAGUGCAGCUUUUCCAUAUACGUCGCUUUUCAUUAUAAUAAGGUUUGACAAAAAUUCUAAUCGACAAAUUGUGAUAAAGCGCAACAAAUAAAAAACGGCACCAAAAUAAUAAUCAUCGUAUUAAUCAAAUUUAUGGAUCUCGAUGAAGUGAUCUGUGAAUUUUCUUUCACGGAACAAUCUAAACGAGAAUUCUAGCAUUGUUUUGAAGUCUUCGUUCGGUGAGAAAAAGAGCCACGCGGUCUCCCUUCACACGGAAAAUGGGUGGUCUUAUUGAAAUUUUCCUUUUCUUCGGAGUUCUCUUCUAUUUCUUCAACUUUGGGGCUUCCAGUAUGAUCGAUAUAGUUUCAACACGUCUGCAAGAAGUGUAUGCAAAAUGGAACCGCAGAACGGAGAUAAAGCGAAACCCAGAAUCGAAUACAGUUCGGUUCUCGAUAAAGGAACUUCGGCGAACUGGUCAACAAAUGUAUAAAAAAAAGUUACAAGAUAAGGAACAAGCAAGAAAAGUUCGGGAAAGUUCUUUAUUUCAAAUCAAAGAGACUGAACCAUUAGUCCCUACUGUUACAGAAAGCUCUUUAUUUCUACACUAUUGCUGCAGCAGUUGCACUCCAUCAUCUAGAAAUUCAUUAGUAAAUACUGUUAGUAAGCAAUAUGCGCCUUUUGGUACAAAUGUCCUAUUAAUGGAGUCACAUCAAUCGCUAUUCCAUAGAAUAUUACCUCGUGCGAUACGCGCUUGUUCUUUUAAAGAACACGAUUAUUCAAGGGAAUCAAUCCUAGAAAGUGACAAUUUAAAAGAAGCAACAAAACUGGUUGCUUCUGAAAUAAUUAAGGAUGAGGGUUGUAGUGAAACAGUUGCCCUGGAAAAAGCAAAAGAGAGAGCCAAGACCAUACUAACACAAAUGGAAAGCAAACCAAACAAUCUUUUCAUUAGAAUUACAUCAUGGAUUACUUAUGUACUGUUACCAUGUUUUAUGCAGUCUGUUAUAAUAUUACCAUCUCAAAUAGAAAUGUUAAAAAAAGCAAAUGAGACUGGUCUUCCUGUGAUAUUACUUCCUUUACAUCGUAGUCAUAUGGAUUAUUCUAUAAUUACCUUCCUUCAUGUAAUGCAUGGUAUUAAAUGUCCAUUAAUUGCAGCUGGGGAUAAUCUAAAAAUGCCAUUUUUUGGGAAGCUUUUGCAAGGUUUGGGCGCAUUCUUUAUAAAACGUCGAAUUGAUCCUGUCAUAGGCCGCAAAGAUAUUCUUUAUCGUGCCAUUCUUCAGACAUACAUACUGCAAAAAUUAAAAGAGGGUCAUAUUAUAGAAUUCUUUUUAGAAGGUACACGUACAAGAACUGGUAAACCAUGCAUGCCAAAAGGUGGCAUUUUGAGUGUCAUUCUUGAUGCAUACAUGGAGGGAAUUAUUGAAGAUGCAAUGAUAGUACCUGUCGUACCAAAUUAUGAACGUCUUAUUGAUGGGAAUUUUAUUCAAGAGCAUUUAGGUCAACCAAAGAAGAAAGAAACAUUUAUAUCUACAAUGAAAGCCAUGUUUUCUACUUUGUUAACAAAUUAUGGAAUUAUGAAAAUUGAUAUUUGUCAACCCUUUUCACUUAAGGAAAUGUUAAAGUCUUUCCAAAAUCAAUCAAAGUUGAAUGGAGUAAAAGUAUCUCCUGCUGAAAAGCCUUUAAAGUCGACAGUAUCUAGCUCAUCGCUAUAUGGUACAGAUGUAGUUGCAGAAGAAUACCGUCAACUAGUUGACAGUCUUGCACGGCAUGUUGUAUAUAAUUGUAGUGAUGCAAUGCCAAUAAUGUCGACUAACGUUGUUGCGUUCAUCCUUCUAUAUAUAUUUCGAGAUGGUUGUACCUUGGAUGAAUUAGUUGAAGCAUUUGAUUUCAUAAGACACCAGUUAGAAAGUCGUACUAAAAACAUUGCAUUUUGUGGAGAAAAUAUUGAUAUCAUAAAUCAUGCUUUAGACAUCUUAGGUCCAGAUUUAGUAAAACUACAAAAUCAAGAAAUUAUAGAAACAGCUGAUAGUCAGCUAACUCAAUCAAAUUUCGUUACUGUAAUCCGUCCUAUGUCGUUUCUACCAAAUGUAAUUGAACUAUCUUAUUAUAGUAAUACAGUGGUAACAUGUUUUGCUGUGGAUAGCAUAGUGGUAACAGCUUUGUAUGCUGAAUUACAGUCACAAAUCAAUGAUUCUACAGCUCUUGCUCAAAACAAUAUUAUAGUGUCUCAAGAUCUUUUGGUAGAAAAAUCACUUAAACUUUGUGAUAUUUUUAAAUACGAAUUUAUUUUCUGCAAACCAUGUCAGGAAUUAGAGCGUGUCAUUAUAGACACUAUAGUAAAUCUCUCACAUAAAGAGAUUAUUAUUUUACAAGAGGAAUCUUAUUUAGAAGAGGAACUAUGGAGUAAAAGAUUCGCAAAAAAUUUUGAUGAUAGUUCAGAUGAAGAAUAUCGUAAUAAGAAUAGCUCUAAAAGUAUUCGGUACAAAUUGAACUUUAUAUCGGAACAUGCAAAACGUAUAGAAUAUCUUCACAUAAUGUUGCAACCUUUAGUAGAUGUUUAUACUUUUACUAUUUUGUCUCUUAAAGGAUUAGUAGGUCAAUCGCUAAGCGAGAAAGAUUUAAUUCAAAAAAUUUUAAAUGACAUAAAAACGAAUAUAGAUCAUGGCAUAAUAAAGUACAGUGAAUGUUUAUCUAUUGAUUCAAUAAAGAAUGCCCUCAAAUUAUUUGAAAAAUGGAAUAUCUUAGAAUGUUAUCCACAAGAGAAUGUUAAAAUUUUCUACCUGAAAGAUCAAUAUGAUACAGACUCAGCUGUAAUGAAAAUCUAUGAUACAAUAGCAGCUUUCAGAUGGACUAAAAAUAUAAAUGAAAAAGAAAAAUGAUUUUGAAUGAAUUUCUAUAAUGUACUACUUUUUUAUAUCAACGAAUAACUUGCUAUGAAAAACUUUGUAAAUAGUGG